AUGACGGCGGGCGCGCGGACGACGACGACGCUGGAGCGGUACACGCCGCGGGACGCGGACCCGGACGAGGUGUUCGAGGAGAUGAUUUUGGAUUGGCGCGCGAAUCCGCGGGUGAAGCUGCGGCGAAGGCGCGAGUGGGGGUGGGACGCGAGGGACGCGGCGACGACGGCGGCGCUGAGCGCGGCGUGGACGCUGGGACCGGCGACGCUGGCGUGGACGGCGGCGAAGGCGUACGUGAAUCGGGGAAGCGCGAUGGAGCGAAGGAAGAAAAAGUGGGGGGUCGUGAUGGCGCUCGCGGCGAGCGAAUUGGGGUGGUACGCGCACAGGCGAGGGGUCGGGAAGCGAUUCGACGACGACGAAAAUAUGAAGGCGACGCCGACGCGACGGGAUUUCGAUCGGUUCUUGCAGCUUCGCUACGACGGAGUGUUGGAUUUUAACGCGUACAUCAGGGGAUGGAUGAAGACGUGGAAGAGUUUCGCGUUCGGUGAACGCGAGAAUCCGUUUCGGGCGACGCCGUCGAGCCCGCCCUUGUCCAGGGCGUCGACGCCCGGGAUCGAUCGCGCCGAGUCGCCGGCGUUUCACCGAGAGACGGCGCUGGAUUUUUUACGUUUCGGCUUUCACGACGCGCUGAGCGCGGAAGAGAUCGGCGAGCGCAAAGAGCGGGAGCUGAGGACAUUCAUGGAGGAAAUUGAGGCGCACUGGAACUUGAAAUUCGACGACAACGCGGCGAGGGAAUCGUUCGAGUUUAUGUUUCACACAAAGGAAAAGCUCGGGGCGUUGCAUCAACCGCUGUUGUUCACCGCGUGGGUGAACGGUGUGGCGGGCGUGACCGGGCUGGCGUUACACGCGUUGGGAUUUAAAUUGUAUCACGGCGCCAACGGGUGUUCGUACUGGGCGAACUGCGAAAUCGUCGAGAAUAAUUGGAAGCGACGACGCGCGAGGACGGCGACGCGAGAGACGAGGCACGGCCGAGGCGUCGAGACGAGACCGGUGUUGUGCGGAGACGCGGGCGACGCGAGCGACGGCGAUACGAAGCCAAUCAUUUUCGUCCACGGCCUGGGCGUCGGACUCGCGCCGUAUGUUCCGCACAUCGCGCAACUCUUGCGCAGCAGACCGAAUCGCAAAAUCGCCAUGCUGACGCUUCCUCACAUUAGCAUGCGAGCGGUGCCGAAGGUGCCUGAACUCGACGACAUGGUGGACACGGUGGUGGAAAUCACGAAGAAGCACGCAUUUCGCGCGCCAGCGCUGUACGGACACAGUUUCGGCACCUUUGUCGUGGCGAGGACGUGUCAAAGGUUUUGCGUGAGUUCAAUCGUGCUCCUCGAUCCGGUUUGCGUGUGCUUGUGCUUACCGCAAACUGUAGGUAUUUUAUACCAGCUCAAUAAGAGCUGGGUCGACUUCAGGAAUAGACUCAUGGAAGGUCCGCGAACGCUCGCGACCGCGUCGUUUUGGCGCGAUGGAAAUGCAUUGUUGUACUUUUUGUUGCGCGACUACUUUCUUCUUCGAGAAAUCGGCGUCAUGACGGCGCUUCGAAGAAAGUUUUGGUGGGCUCGUUAUAACUUGUGGGCGGACGAUUUGCCGGUGGACUCACUCAUCGUGCUCGAAUCGAAUGAUCUAUUGCUCGACACGGACGCCAUCUGCAGGCACGUGUUGAGGCAAUCAAAGGCGCGAAUUAUUUGGCAAGAGAAAUUCGCGCACGGCGAAUUUUGCAUGCCGUGGGGAUACGGCUUGCGAAGCGACGUUGUCGACUUCUUAGACGCGUUAAAGAACGCGUAA